GCACUGCAUCAGCAGCAGACGUGUCCCGAAGGAGCACCCGGCUCUCGCUGCUCCUGCCCCAGGAUUUAAAAGCCUCUGAGCCCUCCGAGGGGCCACCCCAGCAUGUCCCGGCCACGGCAAAGCCGGGCUCUCAUCAUCGUCAACACUGAUUUCCACAGUAGUGAUGGCGAUGUGGGGCUCAGGCCCCGCAGAGGAGCCAGGAGGGAAGCCGAGAAGCUCUCUCAUGUGCUGGCACAGCUCAACUACAGGGUGAGGCUGCUGCACAACAGGACGGCCAAGGAGAUGGAGGACCUCUACCAGCAAGAGUGCGGCCGUGAGCACGGGGAUUACUUCGUGAGCAUCAUCUCCAGCCACGGGGAGGAGGGGGCCGUGUUGGGCUGUGACUGCAGGCCGCUGCGCCUCACCCGCAUCUUCCGCACCUUGUCGGCGCAGAACUGCCCAGUGCUCGCACAGACACCCAAGGUCUUCUUCAUCCAGGCAUGUCGGGGAGCUGCACUGGACCGGGGGGUGUUUGUGGAGACUGACGGCGGGCAGCCGGAGCCAGACAGCUUCUCAGAGUACCUGUGCAUCCCCCCCAACACCGCUGUGAUGUUCGCCUGCAGCCCCGGCUACGGCGCCUUCCUGAACCCCGCGGGAUCCAUGUUCCUGCAGGCCCUGCUGGCGGCGCUGGCCGGGGAGGAGCGCAGCCUGGCGCUGAGCCGCAUGGCCACCCGCCUCAACGCGGCCGUAGCCCUGGGCUGCCAGGCCCGCGGCGCCUACGAGGGCUGCAAGCAGAUGCCCUGCUUCAUCACCAACCUGCUGCGGGACAUCUUCCCCUUCUCGGCUGCCGGUGAAGCCCUGCCCAGCACAGACACACAGGGAGGGACGGAGGAGGAGAGGCAGAAGCCUGCAGCCUCUUAAGGGGAAAUGAAGAAACACGACAGAAACCCCGGCAGAAAGGCGCCCCGGGUUGUGCUGGAGCUGCCCAGGGUGCGAGGAAGUUCUGGGGUGCGUCGUUCCCCCAUCACGAUGUACUGGGCUGGACGUCACCUGCUGCCCCAUGGCAGCCCAGCGCAGCGCUCCAGCGGCGCUCACUUCUCCCCCCCGCCUCCUUCAUGAAAGAGCCUCAGUGCUGUGAGCUCUGCUUUAUCGAUCCUGUUAUCCGGGUGACCCUGCACAAAACACAGGCUUUUCUUCUGAGGGAGGAAAGGCCGAUGUUUGCCUGCCUGCUGCCCUGCCCGCAAGGAAAACACGGCAGUGGUGUAAAGAUGGCAGCAGGCCCAAGCUGUUGGUCCUUACGAUUGAUUCUUCAUUCCAAACCUAAAAAAUAAACAGAGACCGAUGGUCA